AUGGUAAGUGUAGGCCCUCCACCUAAAGAAUACAAUAAAUUACAUGUAUCAUUAUCCUCAAGUGCUGAUUCAGCAGCUGUCAUUAGCAACACCGAGAAAGAAAAUGCAACUGACAUCGAAGACAUGCAAGUGGAAGAAGAAGAACAACCAAAAGGGUCAACAACAGACAGCGAGGAUAGCGAUCCUUCAUCACACACUUCUGUCAGCGAUGUUGAAGAUAGCGAUAGUGACAAGGAUGAUCACAACAGUGAUACAGGUGAAAGUCUCCCACCCGACAUGAGAUGGUAUAUUAAAAAGGAUGGAAAUAAUGUGCACAUCUCCAAAGCUAUUAAAGUUCUGUUACCUAGGUAG